AGUCAAUGAACGCCCCCAAGGCUCCCACUUGUUGCUAAAAAAAUCCUGGCUCUGUUCCUACAUGAUCAAUCAUGGAUGAAGAUUCAGCAUUGGAGAGUUAUUUUGAUGACCCAAUUGGAAAUGUACCAGAUGCCUCUGGCUUCCUGUUUGAAGGAGACCUGGGCUUGCAGGGCGCCCCUCAGCUCCAGGACCCAUCCUUUCUCUCCUCGUUGAGCCAACCAGAGAAGGACAUCGGGGAGGAUCUGGAUCUCAGCUUCCUGCCUGAUGACCUGCCAGAGGACACCUGUGGAAAUGCUGCUACUAAUGCUAACAUGACACAAGACCGCGUGUUAGAUGGCUACAGGCCUGAGGAGUCUGCUGAGACUGACCCUAACCAGUCGGCCAUGACGGGAGGCUCUACCUUCUGUCCCAUGACGCCUAUGACCCCCAUGACUCCAGUGGCUGAGAGUUCUGGAAUAAUCCCCAUGUUACAGAAUAUUGUAUCUACAGUGAAUCUGGCUUGCCCACUGGACCUGAAAUCCAUCGCUCUUCAAGCCAGAAACGCUGAGUACAACCCCAAGCGUUUUGCUGCUGUCAUUAUGAGAAUACGGGAACCUAGGACCACCGCACUCAUCUUCAGCUCCGGAAAGAUGGUCUGCACAGGAGCCAAGAGCGAGGAGCAGUCUCGACUGGCUGCCCGCAAGUAUGCUCGUGUGGUGCAGAAAUUGGGCUUUCCCGCCAAAUUCCUGGACUUCAAGAUCCAGAACAUGGUGGGGAGUUGUGAUGUCUGCUUCCCCAUUCGGCUGGAGGGUCUGGUGCUGACUCAUCAGCAGUUCAGCAGUUAUGAGCCAGAGCUGUUUCCUGGUUUGAUCUACCGUAUGGUGAAACCACGUAUUGUCUUACUGAUCUUUGUGUCUGGAAAAGUGGUUCUGACAGGUAUGUAUGUUGACCACUGGUGUUUUCUCUGUCUGACUUCUACACACCACCAUGCUAUGUUGACAUGCUUCAGAUGCUUGCUUUUUACAUUGUAAAGUUUCCAUUAACAAAAUGCAACCAGAUCUUCUGUACAUUUUCUUUCAGGGGCUAAGGAACGUGGAGAGAUCUAUGAAGCCUUUGAGAACAUCUACCCCAUUCUGAAAGGAUUCAGAAAGCAAUAAGUAGUGCAAUUCUAAUGCUGAUAUGGGUGAAUAAAAUGAAUCUACAUUUAUUUACAAACAUGAAUGUGUCAACAACAACAAAAAAUGAGUGUUGGCUAUACUUGUGGAAAGUGUGUAUGGUGCACUUAUGUACUUUUAUAAUUUUGUAAUGGUGGAUGGAUGAAUCUGUAAUGUAAUAUUGACCAUCUCAGAGAAAUGAAUUAUGGCAAAGUUUGCAUGUAAUACAUCUAACCCAUUCGUAGAUGCUAAGCACCUUUAGCGCCCAUUGACGAUAGUAUCACAGAUGUAUAAAUCUGAAGCAUCCGGUUGGCAUUUCUACUUGCCACCAAAUAUGGUGGUGAGUGAACUUUGGCCGAUAUUCGGCAAAUUUUCUCAUGGAUGAAACUUUAUCUCAAUACAAUUUCUGUUCCCAAAACAACAAUCUGUUACGAACAGAGUUGACACAUUUUUUGUUGACUUUACACUUUGCCAAAGUUUAAAAAU